UGCUACAAUCACCCUCGGCGUGUCGACAGUUGACUGGUAAAUCUCAUUUCAAUCGAAAAUGUUCGACAAAGUCCGCCUAAUCCUUUGCGCAGUACUGCUUCUGUGGAGUUCAAGGGCUCAAUCCGCGGAAGGUAGCUAUGAAGAUGUAAUCACGAAAUUGGAUAACCUCCUGUAUCGUGUUGUGAUGAGUGAGGUUAACAUCAAGGAGCGGCUCGAAGAAACGGAAGGCCAGCUCAAGAAGACCUUGGAGCAGCUCGAUACCCUCAUGGGUCAUCAGAGCGAUCUGGUGCAAAACGACGAUCAGCUUUUAUCCAUGAUAGAAGAGCAGUAUGAGAAGCUGAAGCAGAAUCAGGAAAACAUACGUGAGGAGUUUACAACUAUGGUAGUCCGUGUGGGUGAAGAAGUGAGUGAUGAAUUCAAUGUGCUGAGGAGUAACAUGGACCAGCACUUUGGAACAACUGAGGAGGGAUUAAAACGUUUGAUCCAAAAACAAGAUGACUUUGCCGCAAAUCAUGAAGCAUUGGCUAAUGAAUUGGUUGAAAUGGAGAAGUACAUUGGUGAAACAUUCAUGUUGGGAAUGGCAAACUUAGGCCAACGUUUCGAUGAGACGGGAGAAAAGUUUGAAGAGAUUAGGCAGAACCAGGAAAAUGAUCACGCGGAGUUAUCAUUGACACUGAUGAAUAUGAAGAACGAUAUCGAUCACAACUUCAACAUGAUGGUUUCAAACGUGAUCGAAGGCUUCGAAAAUGCAGAUAUUCAAUUCGGUCGUCUCAUGCAAAACAGCGAUGACGUUGCUGCAGAUCAUGAUGAACUAACAUCCAUUUUGACAAAACUAGAGCAAUUUGUUGGUGAACAGUACAUCAUGACGCUGACGAACAUAACUGGUCAGUUUGAUAGAACGAACAACCAAAUCGACGAUCUCGCGAGGCAUCAGGACAACAGUCGCAGUGAGCUGUCAUCGAAGCUGACCAGUUUGAAACAAGAUAUGACCAAUCACUUCAACGUGAUCGCUUCCAACGUAAACGAGGGCCUCUCGAAAACGGACGUGGGCUUUGAUCGCCUCAUUCAGACUCAAAGCGACAAAGCAGCAAACCAACAAACCUUUUCUUCCGCGAUGACCAAAAUGGGUAACGACGUGAACGAUCAGUUCGGAAAAAUUUCUUUGAAGAUCAAUGAGCGAUCCGAUAAGCUCGAAGGUCAACACAAAACGACGAAAGACCAACUGGAUCGCCUCCUGCAGAAUCUGGAAAACCAUCGCGUAGAAUUAACAAUGGCGAUGAUCGAAAUUAAACACAGCACAAGUCAGAACUUCAGUACGCUCACAAAUUACGCAGUGCAAAUUUUACAGCAGCAAGGAAGUUGUUCUACGCCGGAAGGACCCGAGGAGCAACCCGAGGAACAACCCGAGGAGCAACCUACCGAUACGGAAGUGACGUGCAAGACCAUUGGGUCCAAAACAUUCUUCUUCUUCUUGGCGUAACGUCCUCACUGGGACAAAGCCUGCUUCUCAGCUUAGUGUUCUAUGAGCACUUCCACAGUUAUUAACUGAGAGCUUCCUCUGCCAAUGACCAUUUUGCAUGUGUAUAUCGUGUGGCAGGCACGAAGAUACUCUAUGCCCAAGGAAGUCAAGGAAAUUUCCUUUACGAAAAGAUCCUGGACCGACCGGGAAUCGAACCCGUCACCCUCAGCAUGGUCAUGCUGAAUACCCGUGCGUUUACCGCCUCGGCUAUAUGGACAUCUGGUCUAUAUCAGCUGAAACCAUUCGGCACUAACGAAAUCUUGGUAGGAUAUUGUGAGCAGGAAAAAUUCGACGGUGGCUGGUUGGUAAUGCAGUAUCAGUUCGAUGGUUCGGUAGACUUCUAUCGGCACUGGAACGACUACAAAAGUGGAUUUGGAUCCAACGGAAAAUAAUUUUGGAUUGGUUUGGAGAAUAUACAUCGUCUUACACGUAAUAAGAACGUUGAACUAAUCAUAGAACUGAAAGACUUCUACGACAACUAUGUCUACGCACGAUAUGAUGCUUUUCAAAUUGGCAGUGAGACGCUGAAAUAUUCAUUGGACAAGCUGGGAACAUAUAGCGAAACUGCUGGGGAUUCCAUGAUAUACAACGCAGGUAAAAAAUUCACGACCAAGGAUAACGACAACGACGGAGCCGUGAAUCUGAACUGUGCCGUUAGCAGAGCGGGCGCUUGGUGGUACGAUUGGUGUGGCUAUGCGUAAGAAAAUUGAACAUUCUUUCUUGGGAGUUGUACAUAAAUACUUGCUUUAAUUUUUUUUCAGCAACCUCAAUGGAAUGUACGACAUUAGAGGUGAUUGGCGAUCCGUUGAUUGGUAUGGCUACAACCAAUACGAUGGAAUAAAGUACACCAGAAUGAUGAUCCGGGAAGUGUAAAAU